AAAACUGAAGAAUUAGGGGAAGAAGAGAUAGGGGUGGUGGCACUGUGUAACAGAUAUCAUAUCAUAUCAUAUAUUCUUCCUGUUUUGCACUUUCAUUUUUGGAUUAGGGUUCUACGCUUGCAAUUUCCUUCACCCACACUCUUCUACAAUUUCAAUUCAUUUCCCCGACGAAACUGCAUCAUCGUUCUUCGACACGGUCCUGUUUGUUAAGUGGAUUGGAUAACAAUAAAAGUGUAGAAUGGCCUUCGUAGCACAUCAGUCUCAGGGUUUGUUCGUGACAUCUUCCUCGAGGCAUUUGCCAUGGAGCAAAAGGCUGAAGUUGAAGGAGUGUUUAACAAAGCAUUACAUGAAUGGACGAACUGACUGGCAUUGCUCAGUAAAGCGAAAUAUUUGUCUAAGUGUAGGACCUCCUUGCUUUUGUUUAAGUAAGCUCAAACCUUUGAAGAUUUCAGCCUUUAGAGGCAGCACCCGAAAUGAUGAUUCUGGAACCAGGGCUAGUAGAUUGAAGGCACCCAAGACAUCUGUUAGACUAGGAGAGAGUGAGGAAGCUCACAAUGUUCCACUAUCUUAUGCAUCUGAAACAAAUGAUAGCCUUCCAACGUCAUCCUCUAUUCAUAAGCUUUUAAAUAAAUGGCUGACAAUGUUGCGCACACAGCCGUCAAGUCAAGAAGUGGAGAAGAUUUUUGAAGAACCCACAUCAGCUGGGGAUUUACCAAAAACUCUUCAAGGGACUCAAACUAAGGAAAGAGGUGAGGUUUUGAAGGUAGCAUGGUCCCAUUUUCUAGCCCUGGAUGCGACAAUAAAGGUUCCUUUGUUGAUAUUUGUUCCUCUCUACCUGGCUGUUAAUGUAAAAUAUGGUGCUGAAGUUUCCAAGGAGUUAACUCCUUUAUGGAUUUUGGGGCCACUAAUUGUGGCUAUGCAAGUCAUGAUAAUACGUUGGCUUUGUGCACUCUACGCCUUCAGCUUCAAACAGACUGUGAAAUUAUUCAAGAAUUCUCCCUCUUACUGCAUUUCUGCCUAUAGCUACAUUUUUCGCGGCAAGCUCAAAGAGGAUAUCUCAACUAAUGUUUUGCAGCCUAUAUUGAGCGCAAAAAAUAGAGACUACAGACAACUAACAAGAAAAAAGUUGAAAGAAUUGCAGGAUUGGGUACUGGAGAGGUAUCUUGAUUAUGUGGAAUCAAUAUGGCCCUAUUAUUGUCGAACAAUCAGAUUUCUGAAGAGGGCUAAUCUUAUUUAGGUUUGAAUUUGAACAUUGAAAAUAUUCUUAGGGGUAGUCUCCUGGAAUGGCUAAAAGAGUGGUGAAGGAGAAUACUCCGUAGCGUUGAAUUUUUUUGAAUGAGAUUGGCCAAUCCCGUUUUCUGUUGGGGUUUUGGUAUUUUGAGCCUAUGGUCUUGAGGAAGUGAAGUUCCUAAUUCAUGUUAUAUUGAAAACGUUACAUUAUUGUUAGAUUAGGUUGUAAUUGCUUAUUUUUGUUGAAUCACUUCUCGUGUUUCGAGGUUCUAAGCGAUAUUAAUUCUAUUCUGCAACUGGUCAUUUGGUAGUUUACCAAAAACUGGUGUUUUCCUGUUGUAUCAUUGACCGCAUUGUUGAACACAGGAAACUAGUAUUAACCUUGUCCUGGGUGAAUUGGUGAUUGUUUAGGCUUCUUUGCCCCACUGGUUGUAACAUUUGUCAGCCAGGAUCUGGGAAUACGUCGGUUGUAGAAUGACCCCGCAUGAUGAAAGCAGAGGUGAAGUUUCUGUCAGAAGAUCAUUUGUUAGUCUGUUCAGAAAUUUGUUACGUAUUAGUCUAUUAAUAAACUCAUUAAAUAGGACUUUUGUUAUGUUUAAUCAGUAUGAUAUCACCUGA